GUGAAUGGCUUUGUUCAUGCUGUAGCCAGGCUCUGUCUGAACCUUUCUCUCCGUUAAUCUCAGUUCAUGAUGGAAAGUCACAUUCAGGCUGAAGCUGCAGGAAUUGAGGCUUUAGUCAAGACUUCUGAAGUACAACCUCCCCCUCCAGCGCCAACGCAAGUUGAAAUCGAAGCAGUAGUUGAAACGUCUGAAAAUGUAGAAACUCCUAUAGCGACCACUGAGACGACCACCACGACUACUCCAAGCUCUUUGAAACGUAAAAGAACCGAACUGACACUUGGGGAUAAAGUCAAAUUAAUCGAAGAGAGUUGUGUCAGUGGGAAAAGUCAUCGAUAUUUGGCCGGCGUGUUCAAUAUAGGCAAAACUACCGUUCAUGAUAUACUGAAAAAGAAAGAUCGAAUUUUAUCAGCCUACAAGAACGGCCUCGAUGGCCGAAGUCGUAAGCGAAUUCGAGUUCGACUGGGCAACGACGAUAUCAACAGACUCACGUGGCACUGGUAUGAACACAAGAAAGCACAAUGUCUCCCAGUACAGGGGCCAGUUGUUCAAGCGAAAGCAAGGGAAUUCGCUGAAGAAUUCGACGCCAAGGAGUUUAAAGCAUCGAACGGGUGGCUCGAAAGGUUCAAAAAGCGAUAUAAUCUCCAUUUUGGGUCUCACGAGUCUUUCACGUUGAAAGAUGACAAGCCGUGGAAGGAAAAUAUCAUGGCUGUAACGGAUGGUUAUCGUCCUGAAGAUGUGUUUACACUUCAAGAAGUUGGGCUGCUUUUUCGAGCUCCCCCCGAYAAAGCAUAUUUURACAGUGUAGGWUGUUCACUUSAAGAAAUCAAGGCAAGCGCUAGUGAGAGAUUAACUGUAUUGCUAUGUUGUAAUAUGACUGGGGAAUUUCACAAUCCCGUCGUGGUAGGGAAAUUGCCUCCAAACCCGUCGUUGAAACAGGCCUCGGUAACAUGGAGAUCAAACAGAAGAUCCUGGAUGACUAGCAUGAUCUUCGACAAAUGGUUGCGAGAGUUUGAUUCUAAACUUAAGAGCGAAGAUCGUCAUAUUGUUAUUUUUCUUGACCUCACAACAUCACAUCCACCACACUCUCAGCUGUCUAACAUUAAGCUURUAUUUUUCCCACAAGGAAAGUCCCAAGAAAUCCAUCCUCACAAUCUUGGUAUCACUGAUGCAAUUCGUUAUAGCUACAGAAAGAAACUUUUGCUAYAUGUGAUAAACAAUCUUCAGGAAUCCAAACGACCACAAGAUGGUCAGACUCAGACAGUCUUCCAGGAAAUCCAGGAAGAGCAAGCAUGUAAGUGGUUAGCUGAAGCCAUUGAUGAAAUCCCUACCUGUACACUAGCAAAAAGUUUUGAAUCAGCUGGAUUUCACAACGUCUCCUCAUCAGAUUCUCUUUCAUCAUACUCAAUGGCUUUUACAGCCCUAAAUGGUGAUGAAGCCACACCAAACAGCAGUGGUGAAUUAUACACUGUUUACUUACAAGACAAUGUCCCAAACAAUGUUGCUGACGUCAGCAAAGCAGUCAAUGAAACAGAGAUCCAGCUUCUUCUUACAACAGUUCUUUGUAAACUUGAUAUAAAUCAACCAAUGUCAGCCAAAGAGUACAUCUUUUUUGAUUCAUCUCUACAGCAUGCAGAUGAUUUAUCAGAUGGAUGGGAGGAGAGACUGAUUGAAGAUUUUGGGGAUAAUCACGAUGACACUCCACUUAAAACAGAGACAGAACCUCCACGUCCACAGAGUUCUACAUGUACUCCUGUAACACCUCGAACUGAUACUACAAAGGUUGUUUGUUCUUACUUAGAUGCAAUUCAGGUAAACAAGCAUCUGAUUUCAUUUGCGCAGGAUAAAAAUGACAAAGAACUGCUAGAACUGCUUUUACAUCUUGAAAGUAAACUAUCAUCUCGAAGGCUUGUUAACAACUAUCAAGAAGCAAUUGCACUGAACCAUCACCUUAUUGGGUUUGCUAAAGAAGAAAAGAAUAAAGACUUGGCCAAUUUACUUCUGAAUGUUGACAAGAAAUUACAGGCUGCCCAAGACAAACAUUGAAAUGAAAACAAUAGGGUCUGACAUUGGUAGAGGUCUGUAUGACUAAAUCAAUGACAUGUUAAGGCCACUAAGGUUUAUUGUCAGAUCUUUAUUGAUAUACAGAAUUAUCUUACUAAAAAUAACAAAUGAUCUUGUCUAAUUAUUAUGUGUAAAAAUAAAAAUACAUAAAUUUACAUAAAUUGUAAAUAGUAAAAGCCCUUUUUUUGGACAAUGUUUGUGUAAUUAGGUGUAUACAUACAUGUAAAGGGGUGACAAAUGGUAUACCUUCAAACAAUUUUAAAAAAAAUCGCUUUUCAUUCUAUCUUAUCCGUCUUGGAGUCAAUAAUUCUCCACAAACUACAGUCCUUAGUGUCUCUAAUACAGUCCAACACUGAUUUUUCAUAUGUAUUAUGUAUUUCAGUCUAAAGCAUGAUUGAGUGCAAGUAUCACAAAAUGCAUGAUUAAUUUUGAUGCAUAAUUAAUGUAUUUCUUUUUAUUAUUAUUUAUGUCUCAUUCUCAGAAACAUAAUAAAAAAGUUGUGGUGUUGG